GAAGUAGUUUAUCCCGUUACUAGGCAGCGAUAACGGUGCUCGUUUGCUCAGUAAUGAUGGAGAAAAUAACUCCCUCGAAAAAAUGAAAAGUCAGGACCAGGUGAUACGAAUGUCGGUGUAAUAUUGUGUGAAGUAAGCCGGGUUUGAUGCGGACUAAACCACAACUUCAAGUCGCUUUAUGCUCAAUUUAUUGUAAAGAAACCCAUCAUGGCCUCUCCAGGAGAUAUUCGUGAAAAACUGCGAAAGAAACGUCGAGCUCUGCAAGAAACUCUGAAGAACAGAGACGAGGAUGAUGUUCAGGCUCUGGUUCCGUCUACCAAAAUGAGUAAGGGAAAACUACAAACUACAAUAAAGGAACCUCAAACCAGUGAAGAAGAUCCAGGAGAGACUCUGAAACGCACUUUUAGGACACAAAGAGAGAGGAAGAAAAGGCUGCUUGAACAGUCUUCAGACCAGCAGCAUGAAGAAGACGGUUUGGAGGAGAUCUCGUCUGUCCAACAUCACAGUGAAGAUGAGGAGUCAGCUGAUCAAGCAGCUGAAAAGUCUGCAGUUUUGUCAAGACCUCCGACUGGAUCUCUGAAAGGUCGCUCUUCAAAAAUUCUGCAUUCUCCUGGCUCUCAGCAUUUAGACGACUUAGUGACACGACGCUUGCAAGAGAAACUGAACGCUGCCAGAUCGAAAGGUGAAAGUCUGCAGGAGCAGGAAGCCCCUCUGGAGCCACCAAGUCGCCUACAAGGACUCAGAGACAGAGACACUGUGACCAGGUUUGACCGAGAGGUUGAUCUAGACAGAGCAGGACGCCAUGAUGACCCUCUGACCCUCGGCCCCAGGAUUAAGUUCAGAGAAGCAGCAAAACGAACAGAAAAAGACCUACCGACCGCAGAAGAGGCAUUCAACUUCUUUACUUUCAACUUUGAGCCAGAGCCACAAGAUGGAGCUCAGAAACUAGGCAGGAAGGGACAUAAACAGAAAAAAACAGCUGAAGAAGAUGAAGAAGGAGAAGAAGAAGAAGCUGAAGACAAAGAGGUUGUUGGAGAAGGUGAAGAUAAUCAAGAUGAAAAUGAAAACCAGGACGAAGAAGCUCCUCUUGUUCAAGAUGAAGGGGAGGAUCUGUUCGUCAUUGAACAGUCAACGCACGACUUCCUGGAGAUGAAGAAAGCAGAGUAUGUUGGGUACCGGCAGCUUGUUCAGAGAGAGAGUGAGCUUCUCUUUACGCCCAGUUUUCGAACAGUCCCAACCUCCAUCAAACUGCCAGAAAACAUGAAGCCUCGUUACCUGGAGGACGAGGGUCUAUAUGUCGGGGAGAGGCCUCCUGUCUCCCUCACCAACGAGAACAUUCUGGAGAACCGCAUUCUGAAAAUGGAGGAGGGAAAGAAGUGGUUUGGCGAUGACGGCAGGAUCAUGGCUCUGCCUGACCCCAUAAAGGAGUCGUCCACUCGACCCCCUCUCUUCCACAUGGAGGAGGCCCUCGAUCCCGCACUGCAGACUGUGUACAGAAAGGCUAUAAAGUCCAAGUAUGCAAAUCUGUAUAUUGCUGGUGCAGCGGACCCUGAAGGAGACUACCAGCUGGAUGUGGAUGUCUCUGGGCUGAUCUUCUCUCAUCACCCACUCUUCAGUCGUGAACAUGUCUUGGGGGCCCGUCUUGCACAACUGUAUGAUCAGUACCUCACCAGGCAGCGCAAUAACCUCACAGGUCACCUAACAGACAAGCUGCAUGGAUUGAGGAGUGCACUGCGAAAUAUGCUUAACAUCCAUGGCGGGCAGAGCCUCAGUCAAGCCAUGCAGCGGAGGAUAUCUGAGUACAGUCUGGAGGUCAGGAACACUCGGCAGCUGCGGGACAGUGAGCAGGAGAAAGACAGGACCCUGCUGAAGAACAUUGUUAAAGUGUGGAAGGAUAUCAAGGCCCUGAGAGACUUUCAGAAAUACACAAACACUCCUUACAAGCUCUACCUCAGAAGGGAGAAUGUGGACCGGGCGACAGAUGAGCGAGAGUAUGAAGAGGAAAUCUUGGCAGAGAUUGUGGAAUGGGAGGCUGAGAGCGAGGAGGACUACCAGAGAAAGCUGGCAGAGUACAAGAAACAGCUGGAAGAGUGGAAACUCUGGAGAAGGAAACAGAAAGCCAAAAAGAAGAAGAGGAAAAAGAAGAAGAAAGCUCAGUCACAGGACGACACAGAAGAAGAAGAAGAUGAGGACAGGGAGGCGAGCGAACCAGAGGGGCCCGUUGAAGAGGGGCCCUCAAAGCCGGAGCCUCCAGAGAAGCCGGAGUUAGACUCCAUAGAGCAGCAGGUCAGAGAGAAAGCCUCCAGGAUUCGCAGGAAACCAGGAGAGUCCGUCCUGAUCCCCGAGUUGUCUGCGUCUGGAAAUAUCACGGCGACAGAACUCUGCCCCAGGGCUGAAAUAGCUCGUAGAGAGGAUGUCACAAGGCAUUCUCUUUUCACCAAGAUCCUGUACAACGACAAAGAAGUUUCCAGAACAGACAGCCGCUCCCUGAACACCGACUUCAGAGUCCACUUUGGCCAGAUUUUUAAUCUCAAGAUCGUUAACUGUCCGCAAAGCAUCAAUUUGCAGGUCUUUGAGGAGAUCGGCUCUUCAUGCUCCCUACUGGCUCAAGUGUUCAUCCCAGUACCUGAACCCUCAGUGUUGACAGGCAAUGCUCCUGUGGAGGAGUUUGAGUUUAGCAGCAACCAAAGAGUGAUGUUUGACCAUGAGGGAGUAGGAAGUGACGUGCCGCUGUCCUUCGAGGCUGACGGCAGUGACAGACAGACCCUGCUGACCUCUGGGAAGCUCUCCUGCUGUGUUUCGUGGGGGGUCGGGGACGACGAUGUCCCACUCGCGCCUCAUGUGUUACAACAAGGCAAACACAGUGGCUUGGCCCGCUUUGAUCCUGUCACAUACAUCGGAGCAUCUGGACUUUACGACAUGAAAAAAAUUGGCGAGUGGGCCACACAGUCCAGACUGGACCCCAACGAUCCAAAAAAUGCUGCGAUCAUGCAGCUGCUUAAAGUGGCCAGCAGUGGAGAGGUCACAGCUCCUGAAUACUUCCGUCUGGAACAGCUGCAGGAGGAGUUUAACUUUGUCACUGAUGAAGAGUUGGAGAGAUCUAAAAGAUUUCGCCUGCUCAGGCUCAGGAACCAGGAAGUUGCAGAGUUUCGAAAUUACAAGUGUGUCCCUGCUCUGGAGAGGGAGGUCACUGAUAAGGUGUUCCAGGAUUAUGAGAAGAGACUCAAAGAAGGAGAGAUAAUUGAUACUAACGAACAUCUAGAUUCCCAUCGAGCCUUGGUGGCCAAAUACCUUCAGAAGAUCCGGGAAUCAGUCAUUCACAGAUUCCUUCUUGCCAAGCAUCACUACCUGCUGUCUGAUUUGGUGAUUGAGGAGGAGAUACCGAGCAUCGGUGGUGCAGGUCCGGGGAUUCUGGGACUAAACCUCUUCAAGCUGGCUGAGCCCAAGCGUCCUCUGAAACCUCAGAGGAAAGAGAGAAAGAAGGUGACGGCUCAGAAUCUGUCUGACGGGGACAUAAAGCUGUUGAUUAACAUCCUGCGGGCCUAUGACGUCCCCGUCCGCAGGCCACAGAUCAAUAUUCUAGGUCAGACGUCUCAGGGUGCCAUCCAGGGCAGCGAUUGGCUCUGUAACCAGGUACAAGUGAGGCCCUUUGUGGAGGUUUCCUUCCAGCGCACAGUUCUUCAAACCACCACAGCUGAUGGACCAAACCCCUGCUGGAACGAGGAGCUGCAGCUGCCAUUCAGCGCUCCGAAUGGUGACUACAGCGCGGCGAGCCUGCAGUCAGUCAAAGAUGAAGUCUUCAUCAACAUAUUUGAUGAAAUGGUUUAUGAAACUGGGGUGAAUGAUAAGGACAAAGGGAAAUCCAUUCACUCACGGGUGGAGAAGCACUGGCUCGGCUCAGUCAAGAUUCCCUUCAGCACCAUUUACUCUCAGUCCAGGAUUGAUGGAACAUUCAAGGUGAACACUCCUGCAGUGCUGCUCGGGUACAGCAAGGAGCGGAGUCAUGGCCCCACCAGUGGUUAUGAUAUUUUGCGGGGCCUGAGCGACGGUGCGUUUAUCACACUGUUCAUCACCAUCGAGCCUCAGCUGGUGCCCGGAGAGACCAUCAGGGAGAAGUUUGACAGCCAGGAGGACGAGCGUUUGCUGCAGGCUUCAGAGAGGUUUGAGAGGGAGGCAGCUCAGGGUUACCCUGACCGACCCUGCAUCACCACCAUCAUAGACCUCAACGGGAAGACGGUCUUUAUCACACGAUACAUACGACCUCUGAACCCACCUCAGGAGCUACUCGAUGAAUUCCCCAAUAACCCCCAGGAGGCCACGGCCCUGGUGGCUCGAUUUGUCUCUCUCAUUCCCUCUCUGCCAGACCGAGUUUCCUUCUCUGGUGUCUGUGACCUUUGGAGCACCUGUGAUCAAUUCCUCACCCUCCUGGCCGGAGACGAAGAAGAACACGCUGUGCUGUUGUGCAACUACUUCCUGUCCAUGGGCAAGAAAGCUUGGCUCAUAAUCGGCACUGCCAUACCAGAGGGACCCACAGCGUAUGUCCUGACUUAUGAGCAGAGCCGGUACCUGAUCUGGAACCCCAGCAGUGGUCAGUUCUACGGACAGUACGACACCUUCUGCCCGCUGCAAACAGUCGGCUGCCUCGUCAAUGCUGACAAUGUGUGGUUCAAUAUACAAGAAUAUACGUCACCAAUGACGAUGAGUUUUGACAUCGCAAAAGCUCAACUGUGGAAGCCCUUUUUCUCACGAUCCUUCUCUCACCCUGGGCUGUCAAGUGUACAACCUGAGGAGCUGGUGUAUCGAUGCACAGUCAGAGCAGCUGCAGUAGAGCUUCAGGACAGAAUCGAGAAGAUCCUGAAGGAGAGGAUCAUGGAGUGGCGUCCUCGUCACCCAACCCGCUGGAACCGCUACUGCACCACCACCCUGAAACAAUUCCUGCCCAAAUUGGAGCUCAGCGGGGGGCGGGACGUAGCAGAGGGGCACCGCCACGAGCUGCAAAGUCUACUGGGAGACAACAAGAUUACAGGUUUCCCUCUGAAUCUGCCAUUCUCUGAGAUCCGACCCAUCGUGGAGGCCGUCUACAGCACCGGGGUUCACAAUGUUCACGCUUCAAAUGUGGAGUUUGCCCUGGCUGUGUAUGUUCACCCUUACCCUAAUAACGUCCUGUCUGUGUGGGUGUACCUGGCCUCACUGAUGCACACAUAAUAUGAAAAACACAUCUCAGUGUGUAUCACUGUGCUUUUUCUAAAAAUGAGCUGUAACUUUAUUUUUACAAAGAUUUUUAUUGAAUGACAUUACUCACACUAUGUUUGUGUUGUUGUAUAUCUAAUGUAUAUAAUGUGUAUACAGUUUAUCUGGACAAUACAGUCACCAGUUUAAUAUCUGUACAUUAAAUCCCACUCAAUAAGUAAGAUGGGACCUUCACAAUAUGUGAAACAAACAUAAUACAUUUUACAAAUCAAAGCAGCCGUAGACCAGCAACUUGUGCUCCUUAGGUGAACAUUUUUGAGACAGAGCACUGUGGCUUUGAACUGAGUGAUGUAACGUCGUUUUCAAGGAUCUUAACUUAAUCGAGCAAAGUUUCCAGCUUUGUAGGGUUCCAUUGUCACAAAACUCAACAUCAAUACAAAAACCAGGAAUUUUAACCUCCACAAAAAUGGGAUUUAUUAAAUAGGAAAUGUUUUAUUGUCUCCUACAACAAAUGUAUUUAAUUAAAAGUUUUGAAACACUAAAAUGUAUUAUUUGUAAACUUUUUUUCUAAUUUCCAGGUUGCAAUGUGUUCUCAAAAUAAAAUGACCUACAACAGA